UCCCACCAACAGUAUGCAAUGGAUGAUCAGUAGAGCAAUAAAUGAGUGGAAUUACUUCCAUAAGGCAGAAUGAAUAAGUCAGAAAUGAAAGGCAGCUUUGGAAAAAGAUUCAGGAACAGCGAAUUGAAAAGGUAGGGAGAAGCAUCGAGGAAUCAAGUAGCAAUUAGAUUUUUGUAGGUAGAUAGUGCUUCCCUCCUUUAAUUGUGGUAAUAGGCUGCAGCUCCUGUUAGCUUCUGAAAUAAAUGGGGAAAUCCAUGAUGAACCUGAACCCACGUCUUCAGGAGAAGGAAGAAGAGUCGGAUGAAGGUGCCAGGCAAAAGAAGGGCCCACACUGCGGAAGGGUAUCAUAUCAGGUCUGAGCACCUGGUAAGGGAUGGAGCGCUUUGUCCGCCUUCCCUGUGGCUUAUACCAGGGUUAUGGAAACACACUGCCUCUCAGCCAGCCUGGACUUGCAGGGCACAAACAGUCGGACUGGAGACAAAACAUAGGCCACCCAACUUUCCUGGCCAGGCCAGGUCUGCUGAUGCCAGCAAAUGCCUCUGACUACUACUAUAUGGACCCUUACAAAAAGGCUCAGCUCAAGGCUGUUCUCUCACAGAUGAACUCCAACCCUGGUCUACGGCUCAGCAAGGCCAACACCAAGGAGAUAGGCAUACAGGUGAGCCUGCGGGUGGACAAGUCUGUGCAGUGCUCACUGGGGCCUCGAACCCUGCGCAGCUGCUCUCCUUGGGACAGAAUUGGUCACAAAGAACCCGGGACAGGCUGGGGAGCCUAUUCACAAGUGACCCAUCAAAGGAACUUGAUACGGCUGCGCAAUAGGGAAGAUGGGAAAAACAAGAAGCUUUCAGGCCUGGAGGAGGCCAGCCAGCAGCCAACACCAACGUUGAAGCCAGAGGCUGAGGAUUACAGGCAGGAGGAACUCCAACAGCUCAAGGAGCUGGAAGAUGCUGCGGGUUCUGAGGAAAUGACAUGCAAGCAGGAACACGGAGACACAGACACAGAUCUGCCCCAGAAAUCCAACUUCCAGUUUUUAGAAGCAAAAUAUGGCUAUUUUCACUGUAAAGACUGUAAUACUAGAUGGGAGAGCGCUUAUGUGUGGUGCAUUUCUGGAACUAAUAAGGUUUAUUUCAAACAACUCUGCUGCAAAUGCCAAAACAGCUUUAACCCUUACCGAGUGGAAGCAAUCCAGUGUCAGACCUGCUCAAAGUCUCGCUGUUCCUGUACUCAAAAGAAAAGACAUAUUGAUCUAAGGAAGCCACAUCGACAGGAACUGUGUGGUCGCUGCAAAGACAAGAAAUUCUCCUGUGGCAAUAUUUACAGCUUUAAAUACAUCAUAUAGCAGUCACUGUGGCUUGUGGAAUCUUACAAUUUACUGUGCUGUCUUCCUUUUUUUGACUUC